AUGGCCAACUCUCGCUUUGAGUACGUGCGCUCGUUUGAAAGAGAAAACAUUUUCCCCCAGGAAACGUACCUUGUAGUCCGAGUAGACGGUAGAGGAUUCCAUAAAUUCAGUGCGGAGUACGACUUCACUAAGCCAAACGACUUGGAUGCAUUGAAGGUGAUGAACCUCGCUGCUAGAUCGCUUGCAGAAGCCAUACCUGAUAUAAUACUCGCAUACGGUGAUUCUGACGAGUACUCCUUCCUUUUGAGGAAAAACUGUGAACUAUUCGAGAGAAGAGAACUGAAAUUAAUUUCUACAUUCUCUUCUACAAUAACUGCAUACUAUCAGCACCAUUGGUCGGUGGUGUUCCCUCUGAAACCCUUGAAGAUAGAGAGAUUGCCGACUUUUGACGCUAGAGUGGUAAUGUACCCGACAGCUAAAUUAAUCAAGGACUACUUCAGCUGGAGACAAGUGGACUGUCACAUCAACAACUUGUAUAAUACAUCCUUCUGGACCUUGGUCGAAAAGGGUCACUUGACUCCCAAAGAGGCAGAGGAGAAAUUAAAGGGAACUCUUGCCGCAGACAAGAACGAGAUCUUGUUUAAAGAAUUUGGCAUUAACUACAACAACGAACCGGAAAUAUUCAAGAAGGGUUCUAUACUAGUACGAGAAAACCCAAGCUUACUUGCUGUACCUGAAGAUGGCUCUAAUUUGUCCGAAAGACAAAAACAGAGAGAAAUGAAGAAACUCCGGAAGUCCAAAAUCGAGCUAUAUCACAUUGAUAUUAUAAAGGAAGACUUCUGGAGCACGAGGCAAUACAUUUUUGAGUGA